UCGGUGUCGGCGGCCGCCCGCUUGACCUAGCGUCGCCGGUGCCUUGGGAUGGAGAGAGACGAGAAGAGAGAAUGGGUGGUGUGAUGUCUGUUUAGGAUAAGUGUAGUCUUUUUUCUUUUUUCUUCUUUUACAAACAUCUCCCAACUGAACUCACGGCCGGCAUCGCAUCGAUUUUCCUCGCCAGAUGCCCGGAGCCGGUCCGCGUCAUGCCGAAGCGUCUCAUCCAACUAGGCGCCUAGUAGUUCUCAGUCCAUCGCUAUCACAACCAACAGCUUCAUCGCCUACUGGGCACUGGCUACUGCCGGGGGAAGGGAUGGCGAACUCGUCCCCGAUAGCUACAGCCUACAGCUACAGAACGUCGAAUUCCAUAGCCGAUCCGAACAGCAGGUGCGAACAGUUUAGCCACGAAUUUACUUCGAGCAGAAGUGCUCCUGUCUGAUACUCGAAUCGGAACGCAUUAUUCGCAGGAGAUAUUUUAGAAAACCCACUUGCACUGUCACUGUCGGUCACUGCUGAUAGAUCGGAUAUUCAGAUACCAAUCACAUUAUCUUCUCUUUGCAUAUGCACCCAGAGGGCGAAAUUGGUUACCAAAAACCAAACACUUUCCAGCAUAUUAUACAUGCAAAGGGCGAAUUGGUUACCAGUUACCAACACUUUCCAGCAUAUGCACGCAAAGGACGAAAUUGAUUACCAAAUCAAACAGUUUCCAGUCCCAGCGGUAGGAACAGACCGUCACCAGCCAAAGGAUAAUCCAUUCCCUCACACAGGCACAAACGCUGAACCUGCUCUCCGCAGUCUAGGAGAUGGCGUUGAUCACGAAUCUCUCUGACUAUGAGGAGCUUGCGAGGCAGAAGCUGCCUAAGAUGGUUUAUGACUUCUAUGCCGGGGGUGCAGAAGACCAGUGGACGCUCAAGGAGAAUAAGGAGGCAUUCUCCAAGAUUUUGUUUCGACCACGGGUGCUGAUUGAUGUGUCUCGUAUUGACAUGUCUACGAGUAUACUGGGUUACAAAAUUUCCAUGCCUAUUAUGGUGGCUCCCACUGCUUUGCACAAACUGGCCCACCGAGAAGGAGAGGUUGCUUCUGCCCAGGCAACAGCUGCUGCAGGAACUAUAAUGACAUUGUCUUCAUGGUCAUCUUGCAGCAUUGAGGAAGUUAACUCAAGUGCACCAGGACUCCGUUUCUUCCAACUUUCAGUAUUCAAGGACAGGGAUAUUGUGCAACAACUUGUCAGAAGGGCUGAAAAUGCUGGCUAUAAGGCAAUUGCUGUCACAGUCGAUGCUCCACGGCUUGGUCGCAGGGAAGCUGAUGUUAGGAACAGAUUCACACUGCCUGAAAAUGUGGUAUUGAAGUGCUUUGAAGGACUGGAUCUCAGCAAGAUCGACAAGACUAAUGCUUUAGGCCUUGCUGCAUAUGUCACUAGCCAGAUUGACAGCUCUCUUUCUUGGAAGGAUAUCAAGUGGCUACAGACGAUUACCCGGUUGCCUAUCUUAGUGAAAGGAGUCAUAACAGCAGAAGAUGCUCGACUUGCUAUUGAAUGCGGUGUUGCCGGCAUUAUUAUGUCUAACCACGGGGGCCGCCAGCUAGACUAUCUUCCUGCAACCAUCAGCUGCCUGGAAGAGGUUGUAAGAGAAGCAAAGGGUCGUGUGCCUGUGUUCCUUGACAGCGGCAUCCGCCGUGGCACUGACGUGUUCAAGGCCUUGGCACUGGGAGCCUCAGGAGUAUUUAUUGGAAGGCCUGUACUGUUCGCCCUUGCUGUAGACGGCAAGGCAGGGGUGAGGAAUGCACUGCAAAUGCUGAGGGAUGAGCUCGAGAUCACCAUGGCGCUGAGCGGUUGCACGUCGCUGAAAGAUAUCACCCGCGAUCAUGUUAUCACUGAGAGCGACAUGAUCCGUCGCUCUCGGAUGUAGAGGCUUUGAUUCGUUUGCUGUUGUGCAGCACUGAAAGUCUGUUGCCCUGGCAUGACUGUCUUGGCCCAUCGGAUUGGUUUUUACCUCUUGGCCCAUGCGCUACUAGGUUCAUUUGGGCUUUUUCUCACUUCUCUGCAUCUACCAUUCAGACUAUUGACCCAUCAAGCCUUGAGGGCUUACAAUUUCAAAGGCUGACCCAAAUGAAGACAUGCCGGUCACUCUAUGACUUCAUCAUUUUCA